UUUCCUUGUAAUAUUUUCUUAUGGAGGCGCAAAUAUAGAGGAAAGAGGCAACAUAAUGAAAAAAGAGCCUCAAAUCUCAAAAAAUAUAGGAAAGUAAAAAAGAGGAGAGAGAAAGUUGAGAAAGAGAGAGAAAAAAUGGGGAUCUGAUUUCAGACAGGUAACGGGCAGUUCGGGCAGUGCCGGAACUUCCAAUUCUGCACGUCUUGCGGCGGUCUACGGCGGCGGAGAUUGGAAGAGAGAGAAAGUUGAAAAUAAAUGUUGAUAAGAUCCAUUUUUACAAUAUCAUUCCAUAAAAAUCUUAUUUUGAUUUCAAAACUUUAUUAUUAUUAACUGAUUUUAACUUCAUUUCUUUCUUUGAUCUGAUUUUCAACACACACAAGAAAAAAAGCUCUCAACUUUUCUCUUUUUCAAUCAUUCACACCAACACCUUAUUUUCUCUCUCUCCCUCUUUCUCUCUCUUCAUAUUUCAGCUGCUUUUGUUCUUCAGAUUGUCUUAAGAUCAUUAAGUGGAUGCAUUGAAAGGAGAUACUAAUCUAAAACAAGAUGUCCUUUAAGGGCAUUGUGAGGGAACUGAAAGAGAUGAGAGAGGGAAUUGGAAAUCGGUCGAGAAGAGGAGGGGAAGGGGGGAGACAUUGGCGGGGGAGAACGAGGUCACAUAUUGCACCUGAUCAAGCAACUCCUAAUACCGAGGAAGUUGAGCAAGGUCGGUGGGCAAAUUUGCCUCCCGAAUUGCUUUUGGAUAUAGUUAGGAGGGUUGAAGCUAGUGAGACAGUGUGGCCUGCAAGGAGUGUUGUAGUUUUUUGUGCUGCGGUGUGUAGAUCAUGGAGAGAGGUUACCAAGGAAAUCGUUCAGACUCCGGAACAGUGUGGAAGGCUCACUUUUCCAAUCUCUUUGAAGCAGCCUGGGCCGCGCGAUCAGCCUAUUCAAUGUUAUAUUAAAAGGGAUAGAGCAACUUCUACUUUCCGCCUUUUCUUUGGAUUGACACCAUCUGAAGACGAGAGUGAUAAGUUGUUAUUGGCUGCUAGGAAGAUCAGAAGAGCAACAAGCACAGAUUUUGUGAUAUCUUUAGUUGCAGAUGACUUCUCCAGAGCUAGCAACGCAUAUGUCGGAAAGCUCAGGUCGAAUUUUCUGGGUACAAAAUUCACUGUGUAUGACAGCCAACCUCCACAAGACGCAACCGUCAAAUUGAGCAGCCGGUCAAGCCGCAGAUUUCAUUCUAAGCAGGUUUCUCCUAGAGUGCCUGCAUACAAUUACAGCAUAGCAACCAUCUCUUAUGAGCUGAGUGUUCUCCGAACCCGAGGGCCUAGAAGACUACAUUGUGUCAUACACUCAAUUCCUCUAGCUUCCAUUCAAGAUGGAGGCUCGGCACCAACACCUCAGUCACUACCUCAAUCAUUUGACGAGCAGUAUCCACCCUCCCCAAGCUCACAAGGGAAAGAACAACCUAUCAGUUUCAGCUCCACCAGUCUAUCAGAACCACCACCCACUUUCUCAGAGGACCGACUUGUACUUAAAAAUAAAGCUCCUAGAUGGCACGAGCAGCUUCAGUGCUGGUGUUUGAACUUCAAAGGUCGAGUAACUGUCGCCUCGGUCAAGAAUUUCCAGCUCGUGGCAGCUGUUGAGCCACACCACAAUAUUCCAGUUGCUGAGCAAGAAAAGGUAAUACUACAAUUUGGAAAGAUUGGAAAAGAUAUUUUCACCAUGGAUUAUCGCUACCCACUCUCGGCUUUCCAAGCCUUUGCGAUAUGUCUUAGCAGCUUCGAUACAAAGCCAGCAUGUGAAUAGUUGCUGGGUCAGUUUGAUGAAUGUUUUCACCGCUCUAGCAAUUGUGGUAAGUGAUCUUAACUUUGCUAUCAUGAAAAUUUCUAAUGCAAACCAUGGAUGAAUGUAUAUUUAAGGUGUCAAAGGAAAGUAGGGUGUCUUGUAUUUCAUUUUCCUUCAACUCGGUAAUACUUACAUGUACUCAGCCCCGAGAGAUAGUACUGGUCGUUCAUGCAACUCCUUUUGGCUAGUUUGAUCUGAUUAACAAUUUUGCGCAGAGAAUGUGGCUUCAUAGUUCAUACACCAUAGUUCACAUUGAUGUUAGUUCGACCAUCCAAUUUAGAUGAAAAAGUAUUCGAAAGCAUAGCUGGCGUUGGCAAUAUUGUAUUUUUCUUGUUAAGUAGCUGAAAUGUGGAGCCUGCCCAAGCCAGAAGUGAACUCGAACAGAAUUUGGCCUGAUUUUGAACACCCCAAUUCAACCCAUUACUCACAAUUUGUUUCUUAUAUCUUUACAUACAAACCGACCUGUGUGACUUGAAUGCUCUAGCUCAAGGUUGGGGAGCCGAGCACCGAGAUCUUUCCGGAUCCUUGGAAAUAUUUCUAUUGUUAUUGACAUCCAAUGAGAUAACAUGUAUGAUCUGCGUAGAUUAUCUGUAUGGAUGCCAACAUCAUGUAUUGAAUUAAUGAAUAAUUCAGAUCAUCUAUCUCAAUAGUACAAGGAAAAAGCAUGCACUUUUAUAUGAAUUCCUUAUAACUUACCCAAUGGGUAGCUGCUGUACACAAGUCGAUGCGAGAUGGGAGGUUGAAUUAGCUGUCGCGUCUGCGGAGGUUUGGGUUGUGUGUUGCUCGAAGACUUGGAUACAAGAAUAUUGUCCUUGAAGAAGGUGGUGCGUUGAAUGUUGUGAGAGAUAAGAUGAAACUUUGGUAGAAUCUUCUCCCUUGUUCUUGUAUGUACCAUGAUAUUUGUAAAGAUGUAUUGUGAUCCUUUCGAUGUUUAUCUUGUGAAGAGGACUGGUUAAAAUC